AUGGUGGUGGGUGCCAGGGCAGUGAUCUCCUUCUGCAUUCGGUCAGCGAUGCCAGGGUACAUGGUGGUACCUCCAGACAGCACAGUGUUGGCGUACAGGUCCUUACGGAUGUCCACGUCACACUUCAUGAUGCUGUUGAAGGAUUUUCAUGAGGUAGUCAGUGAGGUCUCGGCCAGCCAGGUCCAACCUGAGGAUGGCAUGGGGCAGAGCAUAGCCCUCGUAGAUGGGCACUGUGUGGGUCACGCCAUCACCGGAGUCCAUGACGAUACCAGUGGUACGACCAGAGGCGUACAGGGACAGCACAGCCUGGAUGGCCACAUACAUGGCUGGGUUCAGAGGAGCCUCAGUCAGCAGCACCGGGUGCUCCUCAGGGGCAACUCUCAGCUCAUUGUAGAAGUUGGUCACAAUACCGUGCUCAAUGGGGUACUUCAGGGUGAGGAUUCCCCUUUUGCUCUGUGCCUCAUCACCAACAUAACUGUCUUUCUGGCCCAUACCAACCAUCACACCCUGGGGAGGCAAAAUGGAAAAAGUUACCUGAUGCCUGGGGCGGCCAACAAUGGAGGGAAAGACAGCACGUGGAGCAUCAUCUCCUGCAAAGCCAGCUUUGCACAUACCGGAUCCGUUGUCAACAACGAGGGCGGCAAUUUCGUUAAUCUGUGUGAUCCACCGGUUGUGAGAAACCCGAUACGGCUGAGGCUCAGACGCUGCUGCCAAAGCAAACGCGAGAAGCUUUCAACGCAGGCGGAUUUAAAAGCGGCCAACCGUCUCACUCUCACACACACAGUCAAACACUCACUGGGGGAGUUCUGUGGGAAGCCAGUUGCUGAAGAAGUGGGAACGGAGUCCAGUGAAUGGGUUCCACUGGCCAACUACAGACAGAUAGGUGGGGACGUACCUGCUGCGGGUCUGGUCCACUUUGGCCUGGAUCAGAACGGCACGAUAACGUCGCACAGCCACAAAGGCCAGAAUGCCAAUAACCGUCACCAGGACUGGUGGCUGGCCUGGAUGGUGUGUGCAGAUGCCGUGGUGGUGGCAGUGGUCAAAGCGGCAAACAGAGGAGCAGCUGUAGUUUCCGGUGCCAGGUUUCUAUGGAGCUGCUCACCUGCUCCAGACUCCCAGGAGCUUAGAGAAGCCUGGGGCUCUCUGCAAUCUUUGAGUUCGCUGCCUGACCCAGGCUGUGGUGUCCUCCUCCAAACGGGGAGUCGAAGCAGACCUGGAGUCAUCCACAACUAUCUGAAGCAGCAGCUCAACGGACUCCACUAG